UUUCUUUUUAUCUUCAAUGUCCACAUAGAGCAAAGCACAUAUUUGCCCAGGUUACUGUUAGGAAACAAAAGUAAACAAACUGGACUGGACUUUGCUCAGUCCAUCAAACAGAUGCCCGUGUUAUCCGAGAGCAGCCUUCAAGUCUAAACAGGUGCAUAAUGAUGUUUUUUCAUUUUUACUGCUUUAUAAUAUUUUGCUGUGUUCAUUGUCACGUGGCACUUAAGGAUGAAGAAAGUAUACCUCCUAUUGCCAUGUAUUUCAACACCAAAGGGAGGUAUGAAGAAGUGAACCCAUAUCUCAGACAGGACAUACUCGCUGUAAACAGAUCUUCUUUGCAGCCUCCGUCCUCGCAGUGUCGGGAAAUCCAUCUGACGGCCAUCAUAAGACACGGGACGAGAUAUCCAACGGCCAAAACGGUCAGGGACAUGCAGCAGCUGCACAACAUCGUCCUGAAUAAUUUCACAGAGGAGCAGAGCUGGCUGCGUGAAACCCUGACGCAGUGGACAAUGUGGUACACUGAGGACAUGGACGGCCGACUGGUCCAGAAAGGUGUGGAGGAUCUGAAGCAUUUAGCCGUCAGGCUGUCAAAGCUCUUCCCAACAAUCAUCUCGGAGGAGAAACUUCGAGGUGGACUCAUCAAGUUCAUAACCAGCUCCAAGCACAGAUGUGUGAACAGCACGCUGUCCUUCAAAGCAGGGCUGACGGAGAUGUGGGCCAUCACAGAUGUGGAGUUUGGCCAUGAAGUAAAUGAUGCUCUCAUGAGGUUCUUUGACCAUUGCACCAGGUUUGUGCAGGAAGUCGAUAAAAACUCGUCAGCUGUGAUAGAGGUGGACAGGUUCAAGCAGGGGCUGGAGAUGAUGAGGGUCCAGAAGAAAAUUGCAGAGCAUCUGGGAAUCUCAUCCAGUUUAAUCACAUAUGAUUUGGCCGAGGCAGCAUUUCUCUUGUGCACUUACGAACUUGCUGUCAAGGCAGUAAACUCCCCCUGGUGUCUACUCUUUGAUGAGGAUAAUGCAAAGGUUAUGGAGUAUGCAAGUGACCUGAGGGAGUUCUGGAAAAGAGGCUACGGUCAUGACAUCAACAGCAAGUCAAGCUGCAUCCUCUUUCAUGACCUGUUCAGUCGACUGGACAAGGCAGUCAGCGAGAACACGUUACAUCAGCAGGUCACUGAAGUGGUGUCUGUCCAGAUCGGCCACGCAGACACCCUGCUGCCGUUGCUCACCCUGCUCGGCUUUUUUAAGGAUGCAGUCCCGCUGACAUCGGCCAACUACGCCUCGCAGGCUCAACGCUCUUUCCGCACCAGCCGCAUGUUGCCUUACGCCGCCAAUUUCCUCCUGGUUUUGUACGACUGUGGAGAGGAAGGCAUCAGGCUGCAACCUCUGCUGAACGAGAAGCCUUUGACCUUCCCUGGUCUGACCGAUCAGCAGGCCUCCAUGCCGCUCUAUGAAGAUGUCCGAAAGCACUACAGAUUUCUUCUCAGUGGGUGUGACUUUGAGGCCGAAUGCCAACUACUCAGAAAUCCUGCUGAAGUUUAGUACUGUUUUCAUUUUCUUUAAAAAAAGAAAAAAGAUAAACAUCUGUUGAAAUUAACUAGUCUGAGCCAAACUGGGAAGAAUGGAACUACUAAUAUUAAGGCCAUACUUUUUUGUUCCUCUCAAUACAAAGACGGGUAUAUUUAAUUAGCUGUGAGCUUUUGCUAUAAACUACAAUACUCCAUCUCAUCUUAGUAAUGACCAAUCUGAACAUCUAAUGAAGCACAGAACCUGUAUUUUAAUGUAAAAAUGUUAAGGAUUUUUGGAAUGAUUUAAUACAUUGUUUUUGCAAGUUUGUAAUCUCCUUGAGCUGUUAAAUAAAGUGUCACAGAGGGAGUGGGAGAGUACACAGAGGACUAGAAAAAAAUGUAACACUAAAGAAUAGCUACACUAAAGAAACAUCAUGACUAUAGCAACUAAGAAUAACUAGGAGCAGAAAUAAACAUAACCACAAGCACUAAGAAGAACUGAAGUAAUACAGAAACAAGACUAAUAUAAAUAAAAGUGGAACAAAGUAACAGAAAACAUCAAAAUCCAACUAAACAAAGCCAGAUCCUAACAGAGAUCUUCUUUCAAGCUGACAAUGCUAACCAGAAAGCAUGUGGUCUGCUUUCUUCUGGAUAUGGAUUAUCUUUUAUCUGUCUGCU